UAGGGUAGUUAGUGGGAGCCCGCGGUCUGUCCGAGUUCAGUCCGACAGUCCGCGUGUCACUGUUAAACUCGGAGAACGGUGCCGUAUAUCGCGUUCAUUAAUUCGCCAGGCCUUCGACAUCGUAGUAACGUCGAUUCUAACAUCGCAACAUCGUAGUUUUUAAUUUUGCACAACGCUUCAAGCACGUCAUGUGCAUAUCCCGUUCCUUCGAGUUCAGUCGCCCGAUCGAAAGUAAAGUUCGAAAAAACGUGACGUGUUUGUACGAAGUUGUUGCGAAUUUUGAUCGACGCAUCCUGAAAAUUCGCCCCCGAGGCGAGCAGCUCCAGGUGCCGACGCUCGCUCGGUGAGAGCUGGUGCCGCACAUUCUUCUCGCUCAAUCGUUAUCCCCGUGCCGGCGGCGGUGGUCGGCGGGGGUGCGCCCGGGGGGCGCGGAAUCACGGUCAACCUCGGCGCGGCUUCGAGAUUUAGGGACAGGACGUACGACGGGACCCGGCAAAUGUGGCUCUGUGCACGGAUGAAGCCUGUGUCAGGGAGAGAGAUGGGCCCGAGGGUGUUUGCGACACGGACGUUUGCGUGGAGGCGUCGAGGAGGAUUCUCGCGUCCAUGAAACGAGGCGUCGAUCCGUGCAAGGAUUUUUACAAGUUCGCCUGCGGCGAUUUCCACGAUCAGCAGCCCUAUCAGCCGAGCGCGAGCUUCAACAUACUCCAAGCGCAGAUCGACGAGCGUAUACACAAAACGCUGACAAACGAGACAGGGCAAAUGGUCGCUGCCUUCGAGAAGCUCGGGCAGUUUUAUGAUACUUGUCGGGGCUUUAAGAAGAAGCCCGUAAAUUUUACUCCCGUUUACGAACUGUUGGACGAACUCGGUGGCUAUCUGUCGCCGAAGAGCGCGGUACCGACCGACAUCACUCCUCUAAUCUCUUCAUUGCUGAAAGUAAACGGUGCGCCACUCUUCGAUUUAUACAUCGACGUAGAUCUUUACGAUCGCACAAAGUCGUCCGUAUAUCUUGAUUUUCCUGCCAAGUACGAGAAUUAUGAGUUUCUCGCAAAGGACCAGAAAAACAGAGACGUACAAAGAAUUCGAGAGAUUGUCCGAGGAUUCUUGCCAAAAAAUAUGGAUCCUGUGGAACAAUCGUCGGAGACGGAUCUGCUUUUGCAAUUUUGCUUAUCGCUUGAGAAAAUUUAUCCAAAGCACAAAGACUUGUACAAUUGGGUGGACGUUGAGCAGAGGGUAUACGUCGCUUACAACAUCACUUAUCUGCAAGAAAACUUUGGUUACAUAAGGUGGAGAUCGCUGCUGAACACCACGUUGCGCUACCAUGCAAACGGCGCCGAUCUGUACGACGACAAUAACGACACGAACCGCGUACACCGACCGCCGACGUUCGUCGCAUCCGAGGACCAGCAGAUUUACGUCUACAUUACAGCACCACAUUACUUUCGCAGCCUUGGCAAGUUAUUGAGUCGCUCCUCCAGACGGAUUAUUCAUAACGGAUUACUGUUGCUCUACGCGACGGACACGUUGCACGAUAUCGCGAAUGUCUCUGCCAUCAAGGACUGGGAGGCCUCCUGCUACAGGCUGACCAGAAACGUCUUCACCGAGGUGGUCAGUGCGCUCUACGUGCGGCAGUACGCUCCAAAGUACUUGGAAACUCUGGUCAACAGGAUGACCGCGCUGUUCGAACGCGUGAAGGAAACGAUAGCCGAGCGUAUAUUGGUGAAGUCGUGGCUGGAUGACGAGACCAGGACGCAAGCGUUGCAGAAAUUGAAUUCCUUACGCGGUCGAUUUCACGUGUCGCCUGAUUUCUAUAACGACACCCUGCUGACACGCGAGAUGGCCGAGGUCGAAAUUGACUCGGAAGACUUCAUUGCCACCGUCCUGAAGAGGUUCCUCCAGAUUCGAGAAUCGGAGAACCAAAGCCCGUUACGAAGGAACGCGAUAAUAAGACAUCAUUACCCUUACUCCGUGCACGCCUAUUACGAAUCCUCCACAAACACCAUUGGAAUUCCAUUGGCCAUGAUGACGUCCUGGGCAUGGUCGUGGGACGGUGGUCCAGCUUUCGCGGUACACGCUACGCUAGGAUCGGUCAUCGCGCACGAGAUUCUUCACGCCUUCGAUUUUCAUCGGCGCAGAUUGCCAUCCUUGGAGCCGGAUCGAGAUGUUGACGAGUGGCUUCGCGUCACGCCGGACUCCUGGAAACGAUUGGAGAGCAAGAUAGAAUGCGUCGCGCGACUUUACGCCCGGAGUUUCUGGCGGAGGGUCCAAUCUUACGGAAACGACAUUGCCGUGCAGUUUGAUUGGAAUAUGACGAAAAACGAGAACGUCGCGGACAUCGGUGCUCUGCAAAUUGCCCACAAGACCUGGCACAUUUUAACGAACGGGAAAGAUCGAAGCCUCCCCGGAUUAGAGGGACUCCGUCCGAGUCAGCUCUUCUUCAUAAGUGCCGCACAGGUACACUGCGUUAAUACGACUCUUGAGGCCUACGUUUUCUCCGUCGAGUUGGACUAUCAUGCUCCUCACCCUGAAAGAGUCAACAGUGUAAUGAUGAAUUCUCAGGCAUUCGUAGAGGCGUUUCGCUGCCCACUCGGAGCAAAAAUGAAUCCCCCGAAUAAAUGCACUGUUUGGUGAUCGUACGCAUUCAUCGAUAUACGAAAUACAAGUAUAUCGAUUGGCUAGCAGGCUGCCUAUACUUCGCUUUAUUUUAUUUCGCAAUUACAAUACGAUCGUAAAGAUUCAUUUUAGAAUCAUAGUUCGCAACGAGAAUUAAUGCUGCACGAAUAAGCGUGGAUUUGCUCCUUUACGCGAAAACUAAACUAGUACUUAACCCAUUAAAGGCCAUAAAUAACCUGUAAUACAAAACCUGUAAUACAAAAAAGUUAAUUUACUUUUCUUCUGGUUUUUUUUUAAAGUUUGGCUUAAUACUAGAAUCAUUAAAUAAUUCUUAUUAAUCUUACAAUUCACAUAUAAUCUUGAAAAAUCGCAUUUUUUCUUGAAAACUUGCCUUAUAAAUUAGAUUUAAGAUGAAAGAAAGUGUUCUAUUACUUAUUUUUUAAACCUUUGGUAAACAUAAAUAUGUAAGUAUAAGCCAAUGCCAAGUAAAUUCUAAAAUAAAAAAUAUCGUGGUAAAUUUAAUUCACGUAAUAUUAAUAAAAAUUAUAUCUGAAAGAUAAAACAUUAAAGCAAUGAAAAAAUGUAUAAAAGAAAUUAAAGCAAUUAAAAAAAAUUAUUUACAUUUAGUAAACUCGAAAUUUUGUCUCGAAAGUAAGGUGUUAACCGUUAAUGGGUUAACUUUUGGGCUUUCAAUUGCUUCAAAGAGCUUCAUAGAAUUAAGUCAAUUCAAAGAUUAUCGUCGCUUUUUUAACGUUGUUACGCAAGGUGAGAACAAACACGUGAUAUAAGUAUUUGUUUUUUUUUUGUAGUUUCUCUAGAACUUACGAAAAAAAGAUUAUUAGAUUUUAGAUUUUAAAAAAUCAUUAUCCGCCCGUGAUGCUGUGAAACUUGUUGACGAGACCUGUCGCCAAUAGUGUCGAUUUGAAGCGACGAUGACUUGCAACGCAUUGCAUUAAUUGCAACAAAUCGAUUGCAACGAAUACUGUAAAGAUUUACAUCAAUUUAUAUUUGUAAUGAAUUAUAACGAGUUGUAAUAAUAAGUAAAAUAAAAAGCGCAUAGAAAUCGGUGGUCUGCGAUAAUGACGUUAGCAACAAAAAUUGGGUUUACAUUAUACACAUGAGAAAAACAGUUGUUGAUUUAAUUAAAUCUUUUCACCUCGAUAAAAUUUUUUCAAUUCAAGUAUUUAUGUAUUUGACUUAAAUACUUAAAUAUUUGAAUUGGAGAAAUUUAAUUAAGUUGAAAAAUAUAAUGAAGUUAACAACUUUUUUUUCUCAGUGUACAAGUGCAAUUACAUAACGCAAUAAAUAUUAACGAUGAUACGUACUUGACGCUGUUGAUAAAAUAUAUAUUAUUGUUAUAUAUUGCUGCUAUGAUGUUGGGGAAGAUAUAAUAUAUAGAAGUAUUACAUAUACGAUAGGGAUAAAAUCUGUGAUAUGUAUAUCAAAUAUUUCCUUGACUUUCCUGGCGAAUCUAUUUUUGUUGGUAAUGCCAUACGCCAUCGAUAUAACAAAAAAUAAGUUUGUAUACUGAAACUAUAUCUUUAGAUACUCUGCUUUAUUUGAACGAAACUGCAGAGAGGAGUUAGUCAAACAUACUCGUUCUUAAAAUGUUUGUUUUAUUAUAAGCAGUAAAGCAGCUUAUACUAGAAAUGUAUUUAAAAAAAACAAAACAAUAGAUACACGAUUUAUUUUAGUUCGUUUUGGCGUGCAAAAUAAUUUACGAACAUUGAAAAUUUAAAUGUUAUAGAUAUAUAAUUAAGAAAUAUAAUAAUAAAUAAUAUAAAUUGGAUAUUUUGUUCCCAGAUUAUAACUAAGUAAAUAGAGAGUUUAUAAUUAAAUAGAAAUUUGUUUAUGCAUUUGUAGAGGCGCUCAAAAAGACAAAAAUUAUUAGAAAAAUUUAUUUACGUGAGAAAUUAGAUUAGAUGAAAAUUGAAUUUCCCUGUAUUAAAAAUCUCAGUAAAAUCGUCUGAAAUAUUAAAGUAACAAAGUUGUUCAAAGUAUGAGCGGGCCAUGGCUUUCCCAAAUUGCUUUCACAUUUUAUUACAAUUGAUUAAGGCACUCAAUGAACUCAAUCCAAAGGCCGUGAUUUUUGAUUCUCUGGUGCCUAUUUGCCAACUCUUACAUUGAUCGAUCCCUCUUAACGUUAUUACUACGAUGCUAUCGCUGCUGUCGAAAUAAAAUUGUGCUUGAAAUUAUUUUUGCAAUUGAGAUAUUUUUAUUCAUUUGUUACUUUUACUAUCAUUUGUCAGUUUUACAUUAAUAUCAUUUAUUAGGCUGCACCUUGCAUGCGUGCGAAUUUCAUGUAAGAAAUAGAUGUAAUUAAUAAAGAAAAUUUAAUAAAUAUGUAUUCUUUUAAUAAA